AUGGCUAAAUUGUCAUUAACUAUUAACAAUGUUGAUGAUGAUUUAAAGCGAAAGAUUAAGAAGGCAAAAUUUGAGGGUGUUGAAGAUCUGAAACAUAAAAACAAAAAGUUGACCAUUUCUUAUAACCCGAAGGUUGUGGAUUCUUAUGGAGUAAUAGAACGUAUAAAACAUUUGGAUAUUAAUGGUGAAAUUUUAAAGGAUGAUAAUGAUAUAAGUAGUAAGAACGGAAAUAGUUUCACUUUUUCAAUGUAUAAGGAAGGAGUAGAAGAAAAUGUUGUUAAGAAGGCGAAUAUAUUUGAUGAUAAUGAGAAUAUGCAAAAUACAAAUAAUUAUAUUGAUAAUAAUAGUAAUAAUUGUAAUAAUUUAUAUGGUAUAAAUAAUAGAGAUAAUUAUGAUAAAUUAGAUUGUAAUGGUAAUAAUGCAGAUAACAAUUUUGAUCAGAUAUACGAUAUGAAUAAUAUGGUGAAUAAUUAUACUUAUCCAAAUGGUGAAGAUCUUUAUGAACAGCUUGAUAAUGCAUAUGAUGAUAAAAAUUAUAAAGACAAUUAUAAAAAUUAUGAAACCAAUCAUCAAAAAUGUGAACAGAAUUAUAAAAAUUAUGAAGCCAUUCAUCAAAAAUGUGAACAGAAUUAUAAAAAUUAUGAAGCCAAUCAUCAAAAAUGUGAACAGAAUUAUAAAAAUUAUGAAUCCAAUCAUCAAAAUCAUGAACAGAAUUAUAAAUCUUAUGGAGAUAAUUAUCAAAAUUGUAAUGUGUCUGAAAAAAAUGAAAAUAUAAAUUCUAAUUAUAAUAGCACAAAUAAUAAAGGAGAUUUAUAUGAUAUAAAUUAUUAUCCUAAUCAAGUUGAAAAGGUUGAAGAAUCAGAAGGCGUAGACGAGAAUAGGAAAAGUAGUAAAUUCAGUGUUUUAAAUUUAUUUAAUAAUAUUAAAAAAUCAAAGGAUAAGAAAAAAAUGAAGAAAGAAAUUAAGAAAGAUUAUUUAAAUGAAGAUUAUAAUAAUUUAGAUAAGCGCAUUUUGUUAUCUAAUGAUAUGUAUAAAAAUGUGGAGAAUAAAAACUAUAAUAAUAGUAACGAUAAUUAUAAUAGUAAUAAUAAUUAUUAUUAUGAUUAUAAUGAAGAGAAGCUGAAGAAAAAGAAUUUUAAUUUCAGAGACUAUGAAAGUUAUAGAGAUAAACAAAAUAUUUACAUUUGUGAAUUAAAAAUUUAUAAUAUGACUUGUGAUAAUUGUGGGAAAAAAAUUAUUAACUUUUUAAAAGAUAAGAAAUUAAUUUUAGAAGGAAAUAGUUUUGCUACAGACAAUAAAAUAAAAUUAAAAAUCGAUAUCUCAUCUGAUAUUAUACACUGUAAUAAUAAUGUAAAAAUGUUUGUAAAUACAAUUAUGAAUGAAAUAAAAGAAAGUGGAUUUAAUAAUGAUUUAUUAGAUCUUUAUAAAGAUGAUAAGAAUCGUUGUAAUUUAUCCGAAAUAACAUUAUACAUAUACAGAGAUGAUAUAAAAAAAUCAUAUAAGUUAUUAAAAGAUAUUAAAGGUAUUAGUAAUGUAGAAUAUGAUUUAAAAAAAGAAUAUAUUUACUUUUUAUAUGACCCUGAACUUGUUGGAAUACGUUAUAUUUUAGAAAUUUUAAAGAAAAAAAAAAAUGUUGAUGCUUAUUAUGAUGAAGAUAAAGAAAAAUAUUUUAGAAGUAGCCAAAAUAAUGAAACAAAUAAUACCUGGAAAUUAAUUGAAUUGUCUAUUUGUAUUAUUAUAAGUAUUAUCAUUAUUGUUUUGAAUAAGUAUCAAAUGAAUAUGGGUUCUAUGAAUGGUUUUUAUUCCUAUACAAAAAAAUUGUUCGAUAAUAGUAAUAAAAUUGAUACGGAUAAUAUCAAACAUCCAUCUAUUUAUCACAAUAUAGGAAAUGGUACCCCUGUUGAUCAAUCGACAUUAGAUAUAUAUUUUGAAAAUGUAACAAAAGGAAAGACUUUAAAUGAAUAUGUUCAUAAACAAAGUCGUCGUGAUGAAAAAGGAACAUUUUUUAUUAAUUCAAAUUUUAAAUUUAUUAAGAAAAACAAGGAUUCCCCUAUAAAUAGAAAAUGGGUAGAUGAUGAUAUAAAGAAAGGACAAAUUUUAAAUGGUAAAAAAAACAAAAGUAUAGAAUAUAAUAAUACUAUUAAUAUGUUAAAUGAUCAAAUUGAUGCAGGUCAUUAUAAUAAUCAAGAAGGUCAUAAGGACUAUCCAUUGGAUAAUGAGAAUAAUGUGUCUAAAUAUAUAGAAUGUACAAAUUCAGAAAAUAGGAGAAAGAAUUAUUUAUUGAAUGAAAAGGAUGAUGAUGAUAAUAAUAAGGAAAAAAAUAUAAAUAAUAAUGAUAAUAAUAAUGAUGAAAAAAAUGAUAAUUUUAAUAAUGACUACAAUAAGGAUGAUUAUUAUGAUGACGAACAUUAUGAUAUUAUCCCCAUUGGUGAUUUCAGAAAAAGCGAUAUAUCAGAAAAACAUCCAGAUAAUAAAAAAGGUGAUAAUACAAAAAAUGGAUAUUCUCGUUUUAGGAAACAUAUUAAUACUAAUCUAAAGAACAAGAAUAAUAAAAAUGAGUCCGAUGGAGAAGAAGAAAAAGGUAAUAUAGAUGGUAUAUAUAUUCUUAAACAAAAGAAUCAUAAAAAAGAUAUGAUUAAAGGGGAAGAGGAAAAUAAAGAUAAUUUUUCAAAAAAAGAGGAAAAGUCGGAUAAUGAAAAUUCAAAUGAAGAAAUUGAUAAGAAUUAUAAUUAUUUGAAAAGAAAAGAAAAGGAUCAUAACAGUUCAAAUGAUGAGGAUAAUAUAAAUGAUAGUGUGUUAAAAGAAAACGUAAAGGAAGAAGAAAUACAUGAAAGUAGUUCAAAUGAACAAAGUGAUAGCUAUUUGAAAAAAAUAGAAAAGAAAGAUAAUAAAAAUAUAAGUGUUGACAAUAAUGAGAAUGAUAAUUUUUUGAAGAAAAAGGAAAUGAAGGAUGUAAAUAAUGAAAAUGAAGAAAAUAGGGAAAGCUCUAGCUUAUUGAAGGAAAAUAAAAAGAAAGAUAAUAAAAAUAUAAGUGUUGAAAAUAAUGAGAAUGAUAAUUUUUUGAAGAAAAACGAAAUGGAGGAUCAAAAUAAUAAACAUGUCGGAAGUAAUGUAGGUGAUAUUGUUUUGAAGAAAAAUAAAAAGAAAGAUAAUAAAAACACAAAUGACGAAAAUAAUGAGAAUGAUAAUUUUUUGAAGAAAAAGGAAAAGUUAUAUAAUAAUAGUUCAAAUGAACAAAAUGAAGAGAAUGAAAAUUUUCUAAAAAAAAAGGAAAAUACUGAUAAUAAAAAUACAAAUAUCCAAGAUAAGCAAAAUGCUAUUUUUUUAAAAAACAAAAAAAAGAAGGAUGAUAAAAAUUCCAAGGAAGAAAAUGAUGAAAGUGAUAACUUUCUGAAGAAGAAAGUAAGAACAGAAGAUAAAAAUACAAAUGGUCAAGAUAAGCAAGAUGAUAUUUUUUUAAAAAAUAAACAAAAUGAUAAUGUCAAAAGUUCACAUGAUCAAGAUAACCAAAAUGAUGAUACAUUUUUGAAGAAAAAAAAAAUAAAAGAUAAGAAUGAUAAUUCCAAUGAUGAAGGAAAUGUCAGUUCACUAAUGUUAAGUAAAAAGGAAGAUGAAAAUAAAUCCAAAAAUAAAAAGUGUGAUACAAAUAAUUCAAAAGAUAAUAUAGGUGAAGACAACCUUGGGGUGAGUAAAGAACAAGAUGGUAAGGAUAGCCAAGAUGUUAAAGGUGGUAAGCAUGGACAAGAUGUUAAAGAUGAUAAAGAUGAACAAGAUGUUAAAGGUGGUAAGCAUGGACAAGACGUUAAAGAUGAUAAGGAUGAACAAGAUGUUAAAGAUGGUAAACAUGGACAAGAUGUUAAAGGUGGUAAGCAUGGACAAGAUGUUAAAGAUGAUAAGGAUGAACAAGAUGUUAAAGAUGGUAAACAUGGACAAGAUGUUAAAGAUGAUAAUGAUGAACAAGAUGUUAAAGAUGAUAAGGAUGAACAAGAUGUUAAAGAUGAUAAGGAUGAACAAGAUGUUAAAGAUGAUAAUGAUGAACAAGAUGUUAAAGAUGAUAAGGAUGAACAAGAUGUUAAAGAUGAUAAGGAUGAACAAAAUGUUAAAGACGAUAAGGAAGACAAAGAUAUUAAAGGUGGUAAGCAUGGACAAGAUGUUAAAAAUGAUAAGCAUGGACAAGAUGUUAAAAAUGUUAAGCAUGGAGAUGUCGUUAAAGAUGGAGAAAAUGAAAAUGACUCAUAUGACGAAACAGAAGAAGAUAAUUUUUUGAUGAAGAAAAAAGAAAAAAAAGAUGAAAACAGUACAAAGGAUGAAAAAGAAAAUAUAGUUAUGCGUAAAAAUAAGAAUAGUGAAAUAUCCAAUGAAGAAAAUAAUGCUACUUAUGAAAAUGAAAAUAUUUUUAUGAAUAAAAAUAAAAGUUAUAAUAAUUCAUAUAAAAAUGAAGGAAAUGAUGAUUCUCUUUUUUCUUUUAAUAAUUUAUUUUACAAAUUAGCUAAUUAUAGUAUUUAUUUAGAUAUGGACACAAAAAUUGUUAAAGGUUUAUCAUUAAGAUUAUUUUUUAUUUUUGUAUUAAGUUCUUUUGUAUAUAUAUAUUAUGGAUUUAGUUUUGUAUUGAAUGGAUAUAAGAAUUUAAAGAAUAAUAUGAUUAAUAUGAAUGUUUUAAUUUCAAUUAGUUCCUCUUUUUCGUAUUUUUAUUCUUUAUUACUUUUGUUAUUUUGUUUAAUUUUUUCUAUUGAUUUAAAUGGUAUUCCUUUAUAUUUUGAUUCAUCAGCAUUGUUGAUCUGUAUAAUGAAAUUUGGGUGUGAAAUAGAAAAUUUUCUAGUUAGCUUUUCCAAAAAAAAAAUGGAGGAUUUAUAUGAAAGUACGGCAAAAAAUGUAUACAUACUGGAGAAAAAAAAUAGAUAUUAUCAAGACGAGGAAGGAAAUUUUAAUAGUAAUAUACCAAUAAAAAGUAUGUCUAAUAUAAGUAAGGCGUUUAGUAAAGAUAAUAAUAGCAAUAGUAUAAUAGCAAAUAGUCAAAUAAAUAGUAAUGAUAUUCUUCAAUCUGUUGGAAAAGAAAAUAUAAAAGUUGAUACUUUAAAAAAUAAUCUAUCCUUUUCAACUAGUUCCUUUUUUCUAUCAAACCAAUUUUUAUAUGAUGAUGAUGAAAUAAAUAAAAUUUUAUCACAAGAUAUGGAUAUAAAUAUAAAUGAUUAUAAUAUAAAUAGUUACCCUGUUCAAUUUAUUCAAAAGAACGACAUAUUAAUAUUUUAUGAAGGGUCAACAUUAUUAAUUGAUGGUAUAAAAAUUAAUAAAGGAAUUUCUUGUGUUGAUGAAAGUAUGAUAAGUGGUGAAAAAAAUGCUAUUAAAAAAUAUAAAGGAGAUAAAGUAUAUGCUGGUUCAAAAUGUGUGGAAGGAGUAGUCAUAAUAUAUGUUAAAGAUAUAUCUAAAGGAAAUUAUAUUGAAUAUGUAAAACAAACGUUAGAUGAAAUAAAUUGUAAGAAAACUAAUUUACAAUUAUAUGCGGAUAAAAUAGCUAGUAUUUUUAUACCUUUCAUCUUAAUAUUAUGUAUUGUUGUAUUUUUCAUUUGGUUUAUUUUAACUUUCUUUGAUAUAGUAAAUAUAAAAAAAGAGAAUUAUUUUAAAUUAAAUCGUUUUCUUUCAUGUGUUUUUUUUUCUGUACAUUUUUCAUUAUCUAUAUUAUGUGUGGCAUGUCCAUGUGCUGUUGGUUUGGCUAGUCCUUUAUCGAUUGCUAUAAGUACUUACAUAUGCAGUAGUAUUGGAAUAAUUAUAAAGAAUAUUAAUAUUUUUGAAAUUUUCUUAGAAUGUAAGCAUUUUAUAUUUGAUAAAACAGGUACAUUAACAGUAGGCAAACCAGUAGUAAAUAAAAUAUAUAUUUCAAAUAAUAUUGAUUUGUUUAUUGAUCAAUUAUUAAAAAAUAAAUCAGGAAAUCAUUUAUCUGUAAGUUUUAAUGAUAACAAAAAUGCAAAGAUGCCUGCUUUGGUUCGUGCAAAAAGUGAUGAGAAGAAAGUCAAAAAGAUGAAUAAUAAUAUGAAAGAUAAUGUGAAUAAGUUAUAUAGUACUGCUUAUUCCAUAAAUGAUCAACCAUCAAAUGGUUAUAAUGGAUAUAUGAAUAAUUUCGAUGAACAAGGAUUAGAAGGAAACGAAAAUAUGAUGAAAAAUAAUACGCUAAAUUUUGUUGAAAAUUUUUCAUGUUGUAAUAAAAAUGUGAGCUUUUACUCUUUCACUACGGAAAAGGAAUAUUUCAAAAUAGAAAUUAAAAAAACAUCAAGAAACAGAGAUAAAGUUAAGAAAAAAAAAAAAUACACAAAGAAUGAAACAAGAAAUAAUUAUGAUGAAAGUUCCUUAAGUGGAGAUAAAAAUUAUCAAAAUUAUCAAAAUUAUCAAAAUGAUCAAAAUGACCAAAUCGUUUCCAACAGUUGUAUGGGUGAAAAUAAGUCCAUUUUAAAUAGCAUAGUUUCAUUUAUUACAGACAAAAAUAAAAAAAACAAAUAUAACAAAAUAUUAGAUAAUUCAUUAAAGGAACAUUUUAUUAAUAACUCAGAUAAUUAUUUUUCAUCAAAUGAUGAUUCAUAUUAUAGUGAAACUACUAGUAAUGAAAAUGAGCAUAACAAAUAUGAUAAUAUACCAGUAUCAAAUAAUAUAAUGGAUCAGCAUGAUCAUUUACAAAAUAUGUCUUCACCUUUAGAAGAAGAAAAUUCAUAUAUGGAAAAAAGUAGUGAUUGGUUAUACCUCUUUUUAAGCUUAAGUUUAAAUAUCGAAAAAUAUAGUAAUCAUUUGUUUGCUACCUCUAUUAAUACAUAUAUAAAUAAUAAUUUUUCUAUUAACGAAGUAUUUGAUGUUAAUAAUUUAAAGAAUGAAAAAAAUCAAGGUAUUAGUUGUAUAAUAAAUGAUCUAACCAUAACUAUUGGUACUUUAUUCUUUUGUUAUACUAAAUAUAAAAAUAUAUAUUGUAAUAAAGUACCCAUUAUUGAAGAAAAGCUAACAGUUAAAAGUAUGGAAAGACAUAUUUAUUCAUGUGAUUGUAAUGUUCAUAAAACAUAUCAAUAUUUAUAUAGCUAUUCGAACAGUAAAAAAAAUGAAAGCAAUAACAUAAUUUUUAUGUGUAUUGAAGGAAUUGUCGUUGGAUUUUUUACUCUAGUAGACAAUAUUAAACCCGAGGUUUUUGAACUAAUCAAUUUCUUGAAGAGAGAGAAGAAAAAGGUAUAUGUCUGUACGGGUGAUAAUUAUAUGAAUGCUCUUUAUAUAUCUAAAAUAUUAGGUAUAAAAAAGGAAAACGUAUCUUCUAAUACGUUGCCCUUAGAGAAGGUUCAAUUUGUGAAGAAAGUUCAAUCAAUGAAUGACGGAAAAGUUUGUAUGAUUGGAGAUGGAAUAAACGACUGUUUUGCCUUAAAAACGGCUGACCUAGGUUUAUCCUUAUGUACUAGAACUAAUGUUGUUAUGGACAGUGCUGAUGCUUGUAUUGUUGAUAAUAAUAUAAAUGUGAUAAUAAAAUUAUUUGAAAUAAGUAGAAAAACAUUAUUAGUAAUAAAAUUUAAUUUCCUCUUUUCUUUUUUUAUUAAUAUAUUCUUUAUAUUAUUGGCUAGUGGGGCUUUUUAUUCUUUGAAUUAUGUUUUUUCCCCUUUCCUUUUUACAUUCCUAAUGUUUUGUAGUUCCAUCAUAGUUAUAUUAUCAUCACUCUCAUUAAAAUUGCUUCUCAAGAAUAUAUGA